AUGAUGAGAGAAUGGGUUCUGGUGUUGUCCACACUGCUCUGGGUUCUGGCUGGUCCCACGCACCUCUUCCAGCCAAGCCUGGUACUGGAUAUGGCCAAGAUCCUCCUGGAUAACUACUGCUUCCCUGAGAACCUGAUGGGAAUGCAAGCAGCCAUUGAGCAGGCGAUGAAGAGUCACGAGAUUCUGGGCAUCUCAGACCCUCAGACGCUGGCCCAUGUGCUGACAGCCGGAGUCCAGAGUUCCUUGAGUGACCCACGUCUCUUCAUCUCUUACGAGCCCAGUAUCCCUGAGGCUCCCCAACAAGCGCCAGCGCUCACCAACCUCACCCGAGAAGAACUGCUGGCCCAGAUACAGAGGAACAUCCGCCAUGAGGUUCUUGAGGGCAACGUGGGCUACCUACGUGUGGACGACCUCCCUGGCCAGGAGGUACUGAGCGAGCUGGGGGAGUUCUUAGUGAGCCACGUGUGGAGGCAGCUCAUGGGCACCUCCUCCUUGGUGUUAGAUCUCCGGCACUGCGCUGGUGGCCAUGUCUCUGGGAUCCCUUAUGUCAUCUCUUACUUGCACCCUGGGAACACGGUCAUGCACGUGGAUACCGUCUACGAUCGGCCCUCCAACACCACCACAGAGAUCUGGACCUUGCCCGAGGUCCUCGGGGAGAGAUACAGUGCUGACAAGGAUGUGGUGGUCCUCACCAGCGGACACACUGGGGGAGUCGCAGAGGACAUUGCCUACAUCCUGAAGCAGAUGCGCCGUGCCAUCGUGGUGGGCGAGCGGACGGAGGGUGGGGCCUUGGACCUCCAGAAGCUGAGAAUAGGCCAGUCCAACUUCUUCCUCACAGUGCCUGUAUCCAGGUCCCUGGGACCUCUAGGUGGAGGUGGCCAGACAUGGGAAGGCAGUGGCGUGCUGCCCUGUGUGGGGACCCCUGCAGAGCAAGCCCUAGAAAAGGCCCUGGCCAUCCUCACCCUGCGUCGUGCCCUGCCAGGGAUUGUCGUCCGACUUCAGGAAGCCCUCCAGGACUAUUACACAUUAGUGGACCGAGUGCCGGGCCUGCUGCACCACCUGGCCAGCAUGGACUACUCAGCCGUGGUCUCUGAAGAGGACCUGGUGACAAAGCUCAAUGCUGGCUUGCAGGCUGUGUCAGAGGAUCCCAGGCUCCUGGUGAGAGCCACUGGACCCAGAGACUCCUCCUCAAGACCUGAGUCUGGGCCUAAUGAGCCUCCAGCAGUCACCCCUGAGGUGCCUGAGGAAGAAGCUGCCCGGAGGGCCUUGGUGGACUCUGUGUUUCAGGUGUCUGUGCUGCCGGGCAAUGUGGGCUACCUGCGCUUUGAUAGAUUUGCAGAUGCCUCUGUGCUGGGGACGCUGGGCCCUUAUGUGCUGCAGCAGGUGUGGGAGCCUUUGCAGGACACGGAGCACCUCAUCAUGGACCUGCGUCACAACCCUGGGGGUCCGUCCUCGGCGAUGCCUCUGGUGUUGUCCUACUUCCAGGACCCUGAGGCCGGACCUGUACGGCUCUUUACCACCUACGACCGCCGCACCAACAUCACCCAGGAGCACUUCAGCCAUCGGGAGCUGCUAGGCCAACGCUAUGGUAACCGGCGUGGGGUGUACCUGCUAACUAGCCAUAGAACCGCCACAGCUGCCGAAGAGUUUGCCUUCCUCAUGCAGUCCCUGGGCUGGGCCACACUGGUUGGCGAAAUCACCGCGGGUAGCCUGCUCCACACCUGCACGGUGCCGCUGCUGGACUCGCCCCAGGGUGGCCUGGCGCUCACGGUACCGGUGCUCACUUUUAUUGACAACCACGGCGAGGCCUGGCUGGGGGGUGGGGUGGUGCCUGAUGCCAUCGUGCUGGCUGAGGAGGCCUUAGAGAGAGCUCAGGAGGUGUUGGACUUCCAUCGCAGUCUGGGCACCUUGGUAGAGGGCACCGGUGGCCUGCUGGUGGCUCACUAUGCCCGGCCAGAGAUCGCACAGCGGGCCAGAGCUCUCCUGCAAUCUAAGCUGGCGCAAGGAGCCUACCGCACAGCUGUGGACUUGGAGUCACUGGCCUCACAGCUCACUGCUGACCUUCAGGAGGUAUCUGAGGACCACCACCUGCUGGUGUUCCAUAGCCCUGGGGAGCUGGUGGCAGAGGAGGUCCCUCUACCGCCCCCUGCCGUUCCCUCCCCAGAGGAACUCUCCUAUCUCAUAGAGGCUCUGUUCAAGACGGAUGUGCUACCAGGUCAGCUGGGCUACUUGCGUUUUGACGCCAUGGCUGAGCUAGAGACAGUAAAGGCCAUUGGGCCUCAGCUAGUACGGCUGGUGUGGCAGAGGCUGGUGGACACAGCUGCACUGGUUGUUGACCUGCGCUACAACCCUGGCAGCUACUCUUCUGCCGUUCCUCUACUCUGCUCCUAUUUUUUUGAGGCGGAGCCCCGCCAGCACCUCUACUCUGUUUUUGACAGAGCAACAUCUAGGGUCACAGAGAUAUGGACCCUGCCGCUGGUUGCUGGGCAACGCUACGGAUCCCAUAAGGACCUAUACAUCCUCGUGAGCCACACCAGUGGCUCUGCAGCCGAGGCCUUUGCUCACACUAUGCAGGACCUACAGCGGGCCACCGUAAUAGGAGAGCCCACAGCUGGAGGGGCACUCUCCGUGGGCAUCUACCAGGUGGGCAACAGCCCCUUAUAUGCCUCCAUGCCUACUCAGAUGGCCCUGAGUGCCACUGGUGAGGCCUGGGACUUGGCUGGUGUGGAACCUGACAUCACUGUGCCCAUGAGCGAGGCCCUUUCCACAGCCCAGGACAUAGUGGCCCUGCGUGCCAAGGUGCCCACCGUUCUGCAGACAGCUGGGAAACUAGUGGCUGAUAACUAUGCAUCCCCUGAACUGGGGGCCAAGAUGGCUGCCAAGCUAAGCAGUCUGCAGAGCCGAUAUGCCACGGUGACUUCAGAAGGGGCCUUGGCUGAGAUGCUGGGGGCAGACCUGCAAACGCUCUCUGGGGACCCACACCUGAAGACAGCACACAUCCCAGAGGAUGCCAAAGACCGAAUUCCUGGAAUCGUGCCCAUGCAGAUCCCCUCCCCAGAAGUCUUUGAAGAUCUGAUCAAGUUCUCCUUCCACACAAAUGUACUUGAGGACAACAUUGGCUACUUGAGAUUCGACAUGUUUGGGGACUGUGAGCUGCUUACCCAGGUCUCCGAGCUGCUGGUAGAACACAUCUGGAAGAAGAUUGUACACACGGACGCCCUGAUCAUCGACAUGAGGUUUAACCUUGGUGGCCCCACCUCCUCCAUCUCAGCCCUGUGCUCUUACUUCUUUGACGAGGCUCCUCCCAUUCUACUGGACAAGAUCUACAACCGGCCCAAUGACUCGGUCAGCGAACUUUGGACACACACUCAGCUCACAGGUGAACGAUAUGGCUACAAGAAGAGUGUAGCCAUCCUUACCAGUAGUGUGACAGCCGGGGCCGCCGAGGAAUUUACUUACAUCAUGAAGAGGCUGGGCCGGGCCCUGGUCAUCGGUGAAGUGACAAGUGGAGGUUGCCAACCACCGCAGACCUACCACGUGGAUGACACCCAUCUCUACAUCACCAUCCCCACAGCUCGCUCUGUGGGCGCCGCAGACGGAAGUUCCUGGGAAGGGGUGGGAGUGACACCUAAUGUAGUUGUCUCUUCAGAAUUGGCCCUUACCAGAGCCAAGGAGAUGCUCCAGCGGGCCCUGAGGGGGUAA